GGGUUAGCGAUUGCAUCAAUACAGAUCCAUCACCCCGCGCAGAAGAAAUGGCCCGGAAACGUAUGAUGCAGUCGUCACAGACAUGGUCUAAGGCCUUGUAUAAGAAGAUUCGGUAACGAGUAUCUCGUUGUGAUUUGUUAAUGCCAUCUGCAUACAAGGACCCGAGGUUUCUGUUGGGGUCUGUAGUCACAUAACCCCUUAGGGUGGCUUUGAUUAUUCGGCUUUGAUGACAUAUAUAUACAUACGGGCCUUUCCCGAGACAUUCGGGAUGCUUAUGACUUAACUCAUUAUUAUUUUAGACUCUGACUACGGCUGGCUGACUAUCUAACGGCUGAUAAGUCUACUUUCACUGCAAUUUGAAAGUCUGGACAUUCGCACCCUUCCCUCUAGUAGUACACGAGUAUCAGACACAGGCAAUAACAGCACGAAAAUCCAAGAUGCCUAACGUGGAAUCCGAGUCGGUUUAUUUUCUUAAUGCUGGGGCCGCAGAGUCCGAACACGAAAGGUUGAAUAGACAGCAUCGUCUGUUUGACGACAUGAUGCAAAACGAUCUCCUGCCCCCUCACAUCUCAUCCGCACUCUCGAACUCGCCAACGCCUCCAAAGAUUGUUGAAAUCGCUACCGGAACGGCGAUUUGGCUUACAGAGAUUGCUAAGACGCUACCUGCUGAUGCAGAGCUUGUUGGCUUGGACUAUGACACGUCGAAAUUCCCGGCCUCACUGCCCUCCAACAUCACGCUAAGACAGGCCAAUAUGUACGAACCCUUCCCUAGCGACCUUCAUGGGAAAUUUGACAUCGUAAACGUGCGAUUGAUCAUCUUUGCCCUUAAGGAAGGACAGGGGACAGAUCUAGUGAGGAACUUGAUGACCCUCCUUAAGCCCGGGGGUUAUAUCGUAUGGGCUGAGACUGGACCACUCGUAGGGUCUGUUGAGCCGCCGAGUUUGGCAUGGCAUCAAUUUCAGGAAGUAAACUGGAAAUUCGCUAAGAAAGUAGGAAGAGACCUAAAUCUGCCCAUCGGUAUGCUAUACUAUAUCAAAGAAGCUGGCUGUGUUGAGUGCGAUGACAAGGCAUACCCCGGAAAUUCGCAAUUGUACACCCACAACGCGAAAGAUUGGAUCGCGCGAAUUAAUUUUCAUGUGAAAGCAUUUGCUGAACAAUCGCUUCGGGGAAUUAUCAGUCUAGGUGGUGUCGAGGGCAUGACCACGCAAGAGGAGAUGGAUGAGCUUGUUGCAGCUUUUAAAAGGGACUUUGUAGAUCGUAAGGUCAAUUAUGUGUUCAUUAGAGCUUGGGGCAGGAAACCUGAAGCAUGAUGACCUUCAAAUACGGAUACCUAGAUGGUAGCCCAUUUUGCGCUUAGCCACAGCCAACUUCAAUAGAGGGGUCACACGUUUACACCUUCAUAUACAUAUUGCUCACGCGAGUUCUAUAAGAACAGAAUA